GAUUAUGGUUACGUUGACUUUUGAGAUAAACAAAUUAACCUCAAAUUAAUCCUUCUCAAAGUAAUGGAAAUUAAAUCUUUGAAAGGAAAUACAAAAUAUUCACCACAAUGAUGUUCAAUCUGAAUAUUGUGGUUUUUUAUGCGUCAGGAUUUGCAGCUUCUAUUUUAUUAUCGAUUUGUAUAUUUUUCUUGGCUACUGCCAAACAAUAUCCAAUUAUUAGACGAACUAAAAGAGAAAAAUGUUUUGUGAAUCCUUCCACUGGCCAAGUGUUGGAGUUUCCAUCUCUGAAAGAUGAAUGUUCCUUAGAUUUGUCUGUAAUAGUUCCAGCAUAUAAUGAAGAAACAAGAUUACCUUCAAUGCUAAAUGAAUGUAUUGACUAUUUAGAAUCAAGUUCAACCAGUUAUGAAAUAAUAAUAGUUAGUGAUGGGAGUACUGAUGGGACUGUAAAUGUUGCCAACAAAUUCUCUGAGAGAAUAGGUACAAAUAAGUUGAGAGUAUUGGAACUUGAAACUAAUAGGGGUAAAGGUGGAGCUGUGAGACUGGGAAUGCUCAGUGCUAGAGGCGCUCUCCUAUUAUUUGCCGAUGCUGAUGGAGCAACGAAAUUUUCAGAUUAUCUCAAAAUAGAGAAUUCCAUGAGAAAUACAUUGAAAGUUACGGGCAGUGUUAGACAUAUGGCUAUUAAAUUGGGAAUCGUUAUUGGCUCGAGGGCACAUCUAGAGAAGGAUUCAAUAGCCCAAAGAAGUAUAUUUCGAACAAUUUUAAUGUAUGGAUUUCAUGCAUUGGUUUGGAUGUUUGCUGUUAAAGGAAUAAAAGAUACUCAGUGUGGAUUCAAACUGUUCACAAGACAAGCGGCUCUGGAUUGUUUUGAGAGCCUCCAUGUGGAACGUUGGGCAUUUGAUGUUGAAUUAUUGAAAAUUGCCCGUUCCCUGGAGAUUCCAAUUGUGGAGGUUCCCGUUAAUUGGACAGAAAUAGAAGGAUCAAAAGUGACUCCAGUUUUGAGCUGGAUUGAAAUGGCCAUUGAUUUAGCUUUAAUUUGGCUGAGAUAUACCAUAGGUGCUUGGAAAAUAAAAGCUAAAUAUGAUUGAUUUAGGAUUAAGUGCAAUACUGAGUGAUAUAUUUGCAUUUAUACUUGAAAAUUUUUCAAUAAAAUCUAAUUGAAACACUA